AUGGAAUUACCAGAUCAUGUAAGACAUCAUGUAAACGUGGCAGUGGUUGCAAUGAUACUUGAAUCAAGAACCGGUCAUAGUAAUAGAAGUAGUAUGUAUGGAUCAUCAGUAAAUAAAAUGUGGACAAUGAGUGAUAAAUUACACGAGAUAAUAUUUAGCUGUCUUGUAUCAGAAGAAUCUGUAUUGAGGUUUGUUAAUUGGUUUUUUGAUGGAAUAAGAAAAACAUUCGAUGAUAAAACUCUCUUUCUCAAUAAUAACGUUAAUAAUGUCAAUAAUGGUGAUGGUAACGUCAAGAAUAUAAACAAUGAUGGUAAUAAUGACAACACCAACAAAAUCAACAAUAUCAACAAUGUAAUUAAAUUCCCAACAACAUGUUUUCAAUGUAAUAAUAACUAUUUAAUGGAAAAUUGGUGUUAUCAAUGUGAAUCAUUUCUAUUCCAAUCGAAUUUUCAUAAAUGGACAUCUGACAAUAAAGAAAUCGACUCGUUUAUUAGAGAGACGCAAUUGGAAGUACCAAAUUACUAUAAAUUUUUAAGAUAUUUUGGAAAUUAUGAAGAAGAAUUUCAAAUCAUCAAAGAAAUAAACACGACUCCAAAAAAUGUAUUAUCCGAAUCCAAAUGGAUCAGUAAUAAUAACAAUAGAUUUAAUGGCACAUUGAAACAGUGGGUAUAUAAUACACAAUUAGAAAUUAUUUUGGAUUAUUUAAAAUUUAAUAAUAAAGAAUUAUCGGAGAAAUUAAAUAAUGACAAAUUAGACGGUGAAUUAUGGAAUGAUUUAUUACAAGAUUUUAUUGUUAGAAUGAAAAAAAUAUAUGAGAUGAGAAAAACUUUAAAAUUAAGAUUUGCUGAUCAUGAUGAUGAUACCAAAUUGGGAAAUGACGGUGAUGAUGGUGGUAGUGGCAAUGUAUAUGGAAACGGACAAGUACAAGGGAUACAAAUUAAAAGAAAAGAAACAAAUAGAUUCUUUAAAAAAUUAUUUAAACUUCCAUUAAAAAAAAAGAAAAAGUUGAUAAAUAAUCAGGUGAGAAGGGAUUCAUCAACAAUCGCAAUCAAAUAUAUUACAAAUGUACCAAAAUCAACAUCACCGUUUAAUGAUGAUGCUAAUAACGAUGAAGAUAAAAAUAAAUUAGUAAUGCUUAAACAAAUUUUAAAUUCUGAAAAUAUUUCAAAAGAUUUUAUUACUCAGGUAAUGGAAAGAUGUUGGAAUGCAAAUAUCAAUAACAGAUCAAAUAUUGACGAAUUGUUUGAAAUAGCAUCAAGUAAAUUUCUAAGGCUUCGUGAUUUACCAAUUCCAAAAAAUUCAUUACCAAUAGAAAAAUCAAGAACAAAUUCAGUUGAUGUUACCAAUGAUGCUAUAAAUAAAAAUCAAGAUAAUCAAUUACAACAACACCAAAAGAAAGAUACAGAUGAUGAUAAUGGAAUAUGGGAAAGCGAUCGACCUAAAGAAGUUUACUUUUUUUCCCAAAAAUCAAAAUCUUUAGACACAUUAAUUUCUACUGAUUAUUACCAAUGCUUCAAUGCUACUCUCAAAUAUUCUGUUUCUAGAAAUUCUUGA